AUGUCUUUGCUUAUCGGAAAUGAACCGAUCUUGGAUAUGACAAAUGAGCAGAAUCAGCAAAAGCUUCGGAAGGCUGUGUCAGACGUGUCCAAGGAAAUUGACAAAUACUAUAAUGAGUUGAAGUUGGAGAGGCAACUUGGUGCUAUUGAAGAGGUGGAACAAGCUGAAUGCCAGUGUUGUGGGUUGAAGGAGGACUGCACCACAGUUUAUAUCACAGAGGUUCAAGAAUGCUACUGUGGGAAGUGGGUUUGUGGGCUUUGUUCCGAAGCUGUUAAAGAAAGAGUAGGGCGAAGUCCUGCAGUAGCCAUGCAAGAUGCUUUGAACUCACACAGGGAUUUCUGCCAGGAAUAUAACGCCACCACUAGACUUAACCCUCAACUCUCAUUAACUCAUUCUAUGAGGGAAAUAGCCAAAAGAAGUUUAGAGAGUAGGAAAUCCAAGGGGUUAAGCAUAUCAAAGCUUAGUCGCACCACUAGUUAUCCCUGA